AAGAGGGAGCCGGACAUCUCACAACUAUAUAAAGUCUUGAAUCAUAUGUAUUCUUUCCACAUCCACACACACAUAAAAAAAAACCUAUAGUCCUCAAUUUCUUUUAACAUACCAAUAUAUACAUCUAAAUUAGGGCUAAUUUUCAAUGGCAUAUUAUUCUUUGUCAAGUUUUGUACCUUUGAUAAUUUUUAGUAUAGUUUUUAUUGUUGGAGGAGUGGAAGCUAAGUCAAGAGCUUUCUUUGUAUUUGGUGAUUCACUUGUUGACAGUGGAAAUAACAAUUACUUGGCUACAACUGCACGUGCUGAUGCUCCACCUUAUGGCAUUGAUUAUCCAACUCAUGCACCAACUGGAAGAUUUUCUAAUGGAUACAAUAUUCCUGAUCUUAUUAGUCAACAACUUGGAGCAGAGUCAACAUUACCAUACUUAAGCCCUGAAUUAAGAGGGGAAAGACUUUUAGUUGGAGCCAAUUUUGCUUCAGCUGGAAUUGGAAUACUCAAUGACACCGGAGUUCAAUUUAUUAAUGUGAUCAGAAUGUAUAGACAAUUGGAGUAUUUUGAAGAGUACCAAAAUAGAUUAAGUGCUAUAAUUGGAGCUGCACAAGCUAAAAGUCGUGUGAAUGAAGCACUUGUUCUCAUAACUGUUGGUGGCAAUGAUUUUGUAAAUAACUAUUAUUUGGUGCCUUAUUCAGCAAGGUCUCGUCAAUAUCAAUUACCUCAAUAUGUCAAAUAUCUUAUCUCUGAGUACCAAAAACUUUUGCAGAAACUAUAUGAUUUAGGAGCUAGGAGAGUUCUUGUAACAGGAACAGGACCGUUAGGUUGUGUUCCUUCAGAAUUGGCACAACGUGGUAGAAAUGGACAAUGUUCUACUGAAUUACAAAAAGCUGCAUCAUUGUUUAACCCUCAACUUGAAAGCAUGUUACUAGCACUCAACAAGAAAAUUGGAAGGGAUGUUUUCAUUGCUGCAAACACAGCCAAAAUGCACAAUAAUUUUGUUAGUAACCCCUCACAAUUUGGUUUCAAAACAUCUAAAGUAGCUUGUUGUGGACAAGGACCCUACAAUGGUCUAGGGCUAUGCACAGCAGUUUCAAACUUGUGUUCAAAUAGAGAAUUAUAUGCAUUUUGGGAUGCAUUUCAUCCAUCUGAAAAAGCAAACAGGCUUAUUGUGCAAGAAAUUAUGUCUGGCUCUAAGGCAUAUAUGAAUCCAAUGAAUCUUAGCACUAUAUUAGCAUUGGAUGCUACCACAUGAAAAUAAAGUAACCAAAUAAAACCAAGCACAAGUAUUUUCAUCAAUCGUUGCUUUUUAGUUAUUGUUGUAAUUGUGCUUUAUGUAGUACCAUCUUUGUGAUUGUGGAACAAAAUCAAUAAAAGAGACAAGCUUCCACUUAUGUAGAAUUACAAAUGAAGGAUUAUAUAUUAAUGAUAAAUUCAUGUUAAACCACAAAAA